AUGAGUGCACAAGAAUCAAAAGAAAAUCUUACAACAACAACCUCAUCAAAUAUUCACCAACUACGACAACGUAUGGCACAAAACUACCUUCUCAUCUGGGUAGAUGCCAGCAUCGACGAAACAAACAAGGACUGUCAGAAUACACUAGCUCAGUUGAAGAAAGUGAUCAACGAUGUCAACUUAUGCACGGAAUCGGAUCAGUGCAUCCAAGCACUCAACAAGGUUGACAAGGAACAAGCCUUUGUUAUUACAUCAGGUUCAUUAGGUCAACAUUUGAUUCCUGAAAUUCAUGGCAUGCCACAGUUAGAUGCCAUUUACAUAUUCUGUGGCGAUAAAUCUCGACAUCAAGGAUGGACUCAAAACUGGACAAAAGUCAAAGGUGUCCAUACAAAUAUCAAAGACAUUUGCCAAGCAUUACAAUUGACAGUUAAACAGUACGACCAAGAUACAAUUGCCGUAAGUUUUCUCGCGGUAAAUGAAAUGGCUUCAACUGAGAAUUUAAAUCAGUUGGAGCCAACUUUCAUGUAUACUCAGCUAUUCAAGGAAAUUCUCCUUGAUAUCGAAUAUGAUCGCAAGGCAAUCAACGACUUAGCAGUUUGUUGUCGCGAAGUCUUUGCUGGAAAUUCAAUUGAAUUACAAGUGAUUAAUGAAUUUGAACGUCACUAUGAUCCACAAAAAGCAAUAUGGUGGUAUACACGUGAGUGUUUUACCUACAAAAUGCUCAAUCAAGCGCUUCGACUUAUGGAUGCCGAUAUAAUCAUUAAUAUGGGCUUCUUUCUACGUGAUGUUCAUCAACAAAUUCAACAGCUUUACGAACAACAGACCGGUAGUUAUGGGCGAAAACCUUUUUUAGUUUAUCGAGGGCAAGGUCUUAUGAAACCAGACUUUGAAAAACUUCAGAAAGCAAAAGGUGGACUUAUGUCAUUUAACAACUUCUUGUCCACUAGUAAAAACAAAGAAGUAUCUCUCAAAUUUGUGCGACAUGCUUCAACAGAACUAAAUAAAGUGGGUAUUCUCUUUAUAAUGUCCGUUGAUCCUUCUUUGAAAUCAACACCGUUUGCCUCCAUCAAAGAGAUGAGUUAUUUUAAUCAAGAAGAAGAAAUUCUCUUCUCAAUGCACACCGUGUUUCGAGUGAAUGCAAUUAAACAAAUGGACAAUAAGAAUCAACUUUAUCAAGUUGAAUUAGAAUUAACAUCAGAUGAUGAUCAGCAACUACGAUUACUUACUGAUCGAAUACGAGAGGAAGUAGACGGUACUGGAUGGUCGAGAUUGGGUAAAUUAUUGGUUCAAAUUGGUCAAUUUAGUAAAGCUGAAGAAGUUUAUAACGUAUUACUCGAACAGACAUCUGAUGAGGAUGAAAAACCGUUUUAUUAUAAUCAGCUUGGACUUGUACAUAUGAAUCAAGGUGAUAAUGAACAGGCUAUUUGGUACUACGGAAAAGCACUUGAAAUUCAACAAAAAACUCUUCCUUCAGAUCAUCAUGAUUUGGCUACUUCAUACAACAACAUCGGUAAUGCGUAUGACCACAUCGGAGAAUAUCUGAAAGCACUUUCAUAUUACGAAAAAGCACUUGAAAUCCGAGAACAGACUCUUCCUUCAAAUCAUCCUUUGUUGGCUAAUUCAUACAACAACAUCGGUUUGGUGUAUAACAAAAUGGGAGAGUAUUCGAAAGCACUUUUCUUUGAGAAAAAAACACUUGAAAUCUUUCUAAGAACUCUUCCUUCAAAUCAUCCUGAUUUAGCUACUUCAUACAACAACAUCGGUUAUGUGUACGAGAACAUGAGAGAGUACUCGAAAGCACUUUCGUUAUACAAAAAAGCACUUGAAAUUCAACAAAAAACUCUUCCUUCAAACCAUCCUUCUUUGGCUACUUCAUACAACAACAUCGGUAAUGUGUAUGAAAAGACAGGAGAAUAUCUGAAAGCACUUUCAUCACAAGAAAAAGCACUUGAAAUCCGAGAAAAGAGUCUUCCUUCAAAUCAUCCUGAGUUGGCUACUUCAUACAAUAACAUCGGUAAUGUGUAUACUCGGACAGGACAGUACUCGAAAGCACUCUCAUUGUACGAAAAAGAUCUUGAAAUUUCUCAAAAGACUCUUCCUUCAAAUCAUCUUGAUUUGGCUACUUCAUACAACAACAUCGGUUUUGUAUAUCGAAACAUGAAAGACUAUUCGAAAGCACUAUCAUAUUAUGAACGUGCUCUGGAUAUCAGGCAACGUGCAUUACCUCCAACUCAUCCUGAUAUUAAAGCUGUAAAAAACAAUAUUGAAAUUGUAAAAAAGAAAUUAUAA